AAACACAUCCUAAAAUUUAAAUAUUUUCUUGACUUUUCUUGGAAGUUUUAUAGAAAUAGAAUGGGAUCAAACACUUUGACACUUACCAAAAUAAGAACAGUGUCAUAUAAAUUCGAUGGAAAGUAUAAACAAUGAUCUCACCAUUUUACUCUUUCCAUGCAAGAUUUGGUAUGUACUAUCAAAGACCCUAGCUGAGAAGGCUGCUUGGGAAUUCUGUAAACAAAACAACAUUGAUCUCGUUACACUACUCCCCUCUUUCAUCAUUGGGGCAAGUUUGCCUCCAGAUUUGUGUUCAACAGCAAAUGAUGUUCUUGGUUUGCUUAAAGGACAGAUAAGUUUGAAUUCCAUGGAAGAAUGGGUUAUGUUCAUAUAGAUGAUGUAGCACUCUCUCAUAUAGUUGUCUAUGAGCAUCCAAAUGCUCAUGGGAGGUUCCUUUGCAGCUCAAAAGUUCUUGACAACAAUCAACUUGUCUCGGUUCUAUCAGAGCGCUACCCGGCUUUGCCUAUUCCUAAAAGGUUUAAGGAACUGGAUCGACCUCCCUAUGAAUUCAACACUUCUGGAGGGCUUAGGAAUGAAAUUCAAGUCCAUUGAAGAGAUGUUUGAUGAUUGCAUCGCAUUCCUCAAAGAGAGAGGCCUUAUUUCUUCCAUCUAAGAUACAACAUUUCUGCAUAAAAGCUCUGUAAUGAACCUUGGAUGUUUUAUUUUUCGUAUCUCAUGUUCUGAUC